GUCGCAAAGACGACAACACGGAAAACGGCGCGUCCGUUUGAAACAGUCAACAAACAGUUAGCAACGCUUCGAUUAGAUUUCGAUUAAACUGAUAAACGAGGGAUUUAUUUUAUUAGCAUGUGUUUAUUAGGCUUUAUUUUACAGUGAUGUUUAUUUGAGAUACUGUUCUUCUGUAAACUGAGCGCUGUUUGUUGACGCUCAGGAUUUUAAUGCGUUAUUUUAGCAUCUCAGGAGCCAGGGACUGCGCGCGCCUCUCUCUUUUCUUCUGUCUUUUUCUCUUUCUGUCUCUCUCUCUCUCUCUCUCUCUCAGAGGAGUGAUGUCCUGCAGAGACAGUGAGAGAGUGCUCCUGCUGCAGGAGGAAGUCAGGAGUCUGAGUCAGGAGCUCGCUCAGUGUCAGGCGGAUAAGGAGUUUGUGUGGUCGCUAUGGAAACGGCUCCAGGCGGCGAAUCCGGACCUGACGCAGGCCGUGAGUUUAGUGGUGGAGCGUGAGAAACAGAAAGCAGAAGCUAAAGAUCGGAAAGUUCUGGAAAUCCUGCAGGCGAAAGACUACAAGAUCCAGGAGCUAGAGAAGGAAGUGACAUCACAGCGACAGGAAGUGAGCAGACUCCUGCAACAGCAGCGUGUUGGUGAAGAGGAGCAGCAUGUGAAGAAAGAGCUGGUAGAACUUCAACACACACUGAGUGAUACGACACGACGCUUACAGGAGUGUGAUGAUGGGUGGAGGAGGAGGUUGGAGGAGCAGCAGGAGCAGAGCAGGAAGCAGGAGGAGACAAACAACGCCAAACUCAAGGAGUGUGAUGAUGGGUGGAGGAGGAGGUUGGAGGAGCAGCAGGAGCAGAGCAGGAAGCAGGAGGAGACAAACAACGCCAAACUCAAGGAGUGUGAUGAUGGGUGGAGGAGGAGGUUGGAGGAGCAUCAGGAGCAGAGCAGGAAGCAGGAGGAGACAAACAACGCACGACUCAGGGAGGUGCAGGAGGAGUUGGUGAAGGUUCAAGCCGUCAGCUCGUCUCUCUCUGUUCAGCUCAGUUCAGUCCAGCAAAAGCUCAGUGAGAGAGAGCAGCAUCUCCAGAAGCUCAGGGGUGAGCUGCAGGAUCUUCAGUCUCUGUACGUACAGAGUGUGGCUCAUGCAGGAGAGCAGGCAGAACUCAUCCAGCAGCUGGAAGGUCUCAACAUGGACACGCAGCAGAUCCUGCAGAGCCAGGAGAGAGUACACACCACACACACUGCCUCAUACCACAAGUUGUACAGUGAGCUGAGUGUAUCCUAUCAGGCUCUCCGUGUCAGUGAGGAGCAGCUGCGGCAGAGAGACGCCUGUCUCAGUGAACAGCUCAGUCAGAAGGAGCAGCAGGUCUCUGAACUUCAGCUCCAACUUCAGCAGCUCCAGCAGCUUGUAGCAGCCCAACCACUCGCCCCUGAGCAGAAGAUGGAGCAGGAGUGUGUGGAGGCUGCAGACAGUCAAGAGUGUGUGUCUCACCCCCCGUCCUCUGAGACUCAGAGCUGUGGAACACACACACAGCAGUGUUCCAGGUCUGUUUCUCCAAGCAGCAGUAGUAGAGCCUAUGAGAAGAAGAUCCAGCAGUUGGAGGAGCUACUCACUCUCAAGACGGCAGAGAAUGAGGAGUUAAGGCGAGCUCAUGCGAAGCGUCACGAUCGUCUGCGUCUGAUUCAGACCAACUACAGAGCGGUGAAGGAGCAGCUGAAGGAGGUGGAGGACACACACGGCCUGCCCAAAGGCAGGACGAGGCGGGCUGAGCCGUGGGAGCUCCGUCAGGAGAACAGCGAUGCCGUUUGGAACGAGUUGGCCUUCUUUAAACACGAGAACAAGAAGCUCCUUGCUGAGAAAACUCAGCUGGAGGAGGAGUUGGAUGUGGCUCGUGUUCGAGUGGCCAUGGAGCGAGCUACAGCGCAGGAGCUACGUCUGCGUCUGCACGAGGAACAGCAAGAGCUGCAGCUGAAUGAUGAUGAUGAUGAUGAGGACAGAGUGAGCAGCACACCACUACCUCCUGUACACACACUACACCGCUCUGUUAGAAAGAUCGAAGUGUUGGAAAGGAAGAUGGUGUGUCUGGAGAGAGACACGUUGAAGCUGCGAGAGGACAAGCAGGCCCUACAGGACGCUAACGAUCUCCUGCGUAGCGAGCGGGCGGAGGUCCAGGCGGCGCUGCAGCAGGCCCGUGUGCGUGAGGAAGCGAGCCAGGCUCGGGGCAGCGCUGAGCGGGACAGGCUGCUAGGCGAGGUCCGGGCUCUACAGGCCCAGCUGGAGAAAUCACACAGAGCAGAGACGGCGUCUCGGGCAGCGUUACUGAGGAUCAGACAGGAAGUGGGAGUGCUGAGGGCCGAGAGGGACUUCCACAGGAACAAGACACGGCGAGGACGAGGACACGGGACACACACCCUAACACAGACCGUCUCAGUGCAGCCGAGGACACGCAGCCCCGCCAAGGACGAGUGGGAGGACAUGAGUCCAGACAGUGACAGUGAGGAUUUCUCGGACAGUCUGGAGAGUAAGCGUGCUGCUCGUCCUCUCCGCUCUGCUGCUCAGUCAAAGGCCUGCGCAUCACUCCCUCACCGACACGCGGUCAGAGACGGCUCCACUGCAGCCAGGGCUCACGACACAGUGUCUAAGCAGGACAUGGCCGUGAGGAAGAGGAGGAGGAUGAUGAAGAGGAGGAGUGUGUGUGUGGUGAUGAAGGGAGCAGGAGUGUGUGAGGAUGCAGCAGUGAGGAAGAGGAGGGUGAUGAAGAGGAGGCGUGUGUGUGCCGUGUUCACUCAGAGGCUCGCCUGUCUGCAGCAGCAGGUCGCAGUUCUGCAGGCGGCCAGCAGGGCGGCGCAGGAUGAGCGACUCAAAUACCAACACACACACACUGAACUGCAGACACUGACACACACACUGCAGAAGCAGUCGUGUGAGAUGGCGGUGCUGCAGCAGCAGAAGGCCGUGUUGGAGGCGGAGUUAGAGCAGUGGAGGAAGUCCCGCCUCCCUGAAGCACAACAGGCGUCAGUCACUGUGUCUGUCCCCGACCCUGACCUCCCGAACAUCAGAACACUGGAGACUGAAAUCAAACAGCUCAACAACAAGCUGAAGAGCUCGAGUGCCGAGGUGAGCCGUCAGAAUGCUUUGAUUAAAGGCCUCAGGACGGAGCUGCAUGACAGAGACCAACGCCUUAAGGAGCUACAGGACAAGGUGUGUCACUGUGAGAGGGAUGUGGUGAUGAAGAGACAGUUGGUGGAGGAUCUGCGCAGUCGGCUGAAGGUCCUGCAGGAUUCAGAGCGCAGCCAUCGCUCACACAUCGACGAGCUGGAGAGAAAGGUGAAGAGUCAGUGUGAGGAGGCGUCCAACAGGAAGUCAUUUAUUGAGUCUCUGAAGAGGAGGCUGAGCGUCGCUACUCACGACAAACAGCAGUGUGAGAACACCAGCAGCACACUCCGAGACCAGAUACACACUAAGGAGCAGAAGAUAACAGCGCUGCAGGCUCGGUUGGUGGAGUGUGAGAGGUCAAAGGUCGAGCUGGAGCAGACAGCGACAACGCAGAUGCAGCUUCUGACCAAUCAGAGCACAGAGACGAUACACACACUGCAGAACAAACUCACACUGGCACAGACUCAACACCAACACCUGCGUUCAGUCACACAGGCUCUGGCCGUGGAGGUGGACAGAGAGGUGAGAGAGACUCGAGCUGAGCUUAGAAAGAGGAGGAGAGAGAGGAAGAAGAAGGAGGGAUCAGGAAGAGGAGGCGUGUCCAAGAGCUCCAUGGUGAAAGCUCAGUCCAUCGCUGCGUCUAUCCUCAAUGUCAGCGCUAACGACCUGGCUAGCAUCCUGGACACAGACCAGGAGGAAGAGAGUGAUGAAGAAGCAGAUGGAGUUUGGAUGAAUCACAUACAGCAGCUCCUACAGCAGCAGUGUCUCUCUGCAGCUGAGUUGUUGGAGGUUCUGUUGGUGAAGAUGAAGGAGAGCAGGGCGCUGAUGGAGGAGCUGGUUUCUCUGAGAGAGAGUCACUGAGCAUGACGGAGGAAUAAAAACACAUCUCUCCAUCCCUCCUUUUAUUUCACUUUAUUUUCCCUGACUUCAUUUCUCACCUCACUCUGUUUCUCUCUCUUACUUAUUAGCUCACUUUCCUCUUUCCAUCUUUUUCUCUUACUUCCACUCCUUUUUCUGCUCUUUUCCUAUCCCCUGUUCAUUUCUCCUUUCCACUUUCUCUUUGUUUGUUCUCUAUUAACUUUAUCUCUUAAUCGAUUUCUCUCGCUUUUUUCCUCUAUUACUCAUUCCUCUCCCAAUCAUCUUCUCCUCUCUUAUUGACAAUCUCUCUCUCUCUCUCUCUCUCUCUCUCUUUCUUCUCCUCAGUUCUUCUUGUUUCUCUUCUUUCGUUCUUCUCUUCUCCUCACGUCUCUUUUUACUUUCUCGCCUUUUCUCUCUACUCUCUCCCUCUCAUCUUAUCUCCAUUUUUUCCCGAUUUUAUUUUUCAUUUCUCCAUCUGUCACUCUCUCUCUCUCUCUCUCUCUCUCUCUCUCUCCUUCUUUCUCUCUGUUCUCUUUGAUGUAUAACUGAAGUCUAUAUGAAGUCUACGUUCUAAAGUCUGUAGCUGUGUGACUGAGUGAUUCUUUACACAGUGUGUGUUUGGACGCACUGCGUCAUCACACACUCUUUCAUCACUCAGGUGUGUGUGUGUGUGUGUGUGUGUGUGUGUGUGUGUACUCAAACGUCACGUUUCUGUACAGAUGUAGUGUGUUUACACGAUCAGUACCCGCAUGAAUUAAACUAAUUUAUGGAGUGUGUUUAUA